AUGCAAAGGACAGUCGUUACCAUCAACAGCAAUGGCCGCCAAUCGGCGAGCUUCAUUCGCGUCGCUGCCGCACUAGGAUGGCAGGUACGGGCCCAGAUGCGAGACUUGAACGGCAUAGUUGCCCGAGAGCUGUCUGAACUCGACAAUGUUACCGUCUUCAUCGGAGCCCUCGAAGACAAAAAAUUUCUCGAUGAUCUAUUCAGAAGCGCUCAGUGCGCUUUCAUCAACACCACGCACUGGGGCGACGAGGUUGCGAUUGGUCGAGCACUAGCCGAUGCCGCAAAAAAAGCCGGAAUCCAGCACUACAUCUACUCGAGCAUGCCCGACCACUCCGUAUUUGGCCAAGGCUGGAAGGCACUACCAAUGUGGGCUCCAAAAUUCACCGUCGAGCAAUAUGUUCGCCAGAUUGGCCUGCCGGCCACCUUUGUCUAUUGCGGCGCAUACCACAACAACUUUACCGGCCUCGAUUUCCCCCUGUUUCGCAUGGAACAUCAGUAUGACGGCAGCUUUGUCUGGCAGGCCCCAUUUCACCCAGAUCAGCCACUCCCGUGGCUAGAUUCAGAGCACGAUGUUGGUCCAGCUAUAUUCCAACUAUUUAAGGAAGGUCCACGUAAGUGGAACGGCAAGCGGAUACCACUGGCGUUUGCAUCCAUGACCCCAAGACAAGUCUGCAAGGCUUUUAGUGUCGGCCUCAAGAGACCAGUUCGCUACAAGCGGGGCCCCAUAAUGAUCAACGUUCCCACACCCGCAGGCUACCGGGAGCAUCUCGCCGCACUCGAGUACACCCUAGGCGAGAAGGGCGCACCUUACUUUGGACCCGAUCUCGAGCCGGACGUCCCCGCUGUCGCCUUGUCGCUGUGGGAAGGAAACCGUUCCAUGGAGGAGUACGCCCAAGAGGUUUUCCCAGUGGAAGAAGCGGCCAAUGGUCUUACUUGGAUGGAAGAGGUAGAGACGCCUAGGAGAGAGAUUGAGAUCGACUUUGAACAGAUCAAUUGCUGA